UUCAGUCCAUCCAGCUGGGCUCUGCCUCCAUAAACUCAGAGGUGGCCAUCAGAUCAACACAAACGAGCAGAAAGUUGGAGGGCAGCAGAAAGUGCCGAGUCGCCACAAGAACACGGCCUCACCUGGCGGAGUGGAAGAGAAAACUGAUAAGGCCCGAGUGUUAACAGGAGCCUGUGAAAGGAUUCCUAAGAAGAUGUGGCAAGAGACACAUCCUCAGUUUUGGACCAAAUUCCAGGUGUGGGAGUGGUUGCAGCAGACCUUCGACAUCCACCAGAUGGACGCCAUGUACAUCCCAUUCCAGAACUUCGACAUUGACGGCGGGCAGCUGUGCAUGAUGACUUUCCAAGACUUCAAUCGCAUGGCUGGCCAUGCAGGGCCGUUGCUUUACCACAGUUUGAUGGAGCUGAUGUGGAAUGGAACAGGGCACAGUGGCAAUGGACCCCUGGUAUCUGGUAACAACAAGACACAAAUCCACGAGUUGCCAGGCCAAUUGUCUUUUAAGGAGGAGAACUGCUUUUACGACUGCACAGACACAGAGUUGUUCAACUGUAAGGAACCUUUUCAAACUACAGAGGACCAUAACUCACCUACGCCUGCCUCCCAAGAAGAGAAAAAACAGCACAUCCGGGGACAGCGGACACCAAUCAAAAAGCACAGUCCUCGUGGAACACACCUCUGGGAAUUCAUUCGGGACAUCCUACUGAAUCCUGAUAGGAAUCCAGGACUGAUCAAGUGGGAGGACCGGACGGAAGGAGUUUUCCGUUUCUUGAAAUCUGAAGCUGUUGCUCAGCUCUGGGGAAAGAAGAAAAAUAACAGCAGCAUGACAUACGAGAAGCUGAGUCGGGCCAUGAGGUAUUAUUACAAACGGGAGAUCCUGGAGCGAGUAGACGGACGGAGGCUGGUGUACAAAUUUGGAAGGAACGCCAGAGGCUGGAGGGAAUGCGAGAAGUAACCGGUCGUUCACCGAUGGCGCCCUUCAUUUGUAAAUCUUUAAUUUAUGACAUCGAGAGAAAGCAGCUACCUGUAAAUAUAAAUAUAAAGAAGACUUUUGUUGUUUACUUUCUAUUUUGGAUAUUUGAUUUUGUAUUGAAUGUUCUUUAUGAAGAAGUGUUACAACGUGAUUUUAUUGUGAUUAAAUGACUGUUUUGUAUAAAAUGAUUUGUUAAAAACAAAGUGAAUGGAGCGGUUGGUUCUUUGUCACUCUUUGGUUGAUAAAUGCUAUAUAAUGACAACUCUG